CUGUUUUAUCCACCGCGCAGUGUAUCGCAACAAUAAGCCUGAAUAAGCCAGUUUUUCGGAACAGCCCGGAAAAGUGUCGUCAGUUUUUUAUUGCGGGUGCGAUACGCGCAGUGGUGGGGUAUCAGUGUGACCAAUGAGCCCGCGAAAAGCGGCUCCUGCGCGAUGCGCGUGGCGCGCUGCGCCGCAUAAUCUUGCGUAUCAGCGAUCGGCAGUACCAUCCAGAAGGCAGUAGGUUACGGGUUCUAACGUGGUGAAAUAUUAGGGAGACCCUAUCGGUGCGAUCGGUGAAAAAGGAAACGUGCGACGGAGUUGAGUGCACACGUUAGUAGAGUGCACGAUACUCGCGAGUGUCGGGAGAUCCGAGUGUCGAGCCAUCAUGGCGAAUCCACGGAAAUUCAGUGACAAGAUCGCGCUACACAAACAGAAGGAAGCGCAGGAAAGAGCAGCGUUCGAGGCGAUCAUGCGAGAGGUUUCGGAUGUCACGAGCAGAGUCGCCUCGGCGAGCAGCUCGGUGUGCGCCAGUCCCACGGGAUCGUCCGGGGUGCUGGAGACCCCGUUAUCCGUGAAGAGUGCCGGCGCCAGCCCACCGCAGUCCAGCGGCAAACACCUGCACAUUAACCUGGGAAAUCAGUUCAGGGCGGGUGGUUCUCUGCCGAAUGUAAACAACAAUGCGAACUGCGGCGCCGACGCGAAAAAACACACCUCGCCGCACACCGCUGCUAUUCAUUCGAUCGACCUUAAGACGGCGCUGAGCAAUCUGGAGGAGAUGCAGCACAAUUCCAUGGCGUACCGCAACAACGAGAGGGGUAGAAGCAUGGGGGUUGGUCCAAUGAGGUCGCGUCCCAUGGAGAAGAGGCACGACACGUCGCCGUACAGCGGUGUCCCUUACCUUUCACCACCCCCGCCGGAUACCUGGAGGAGAACCAACUCGGAUUCGGCCCUUCAUCAAAGCGCCAACGAGGCCUGUCAAACGACUACCCCCAUCCCCCAUCGCCGAGAUCAACACACGAUGAGCGGAUCCGGAAGCGACAACAGAAAUCUUCAUUACGGAUUUAUCGAGCGGCCAAGAUCGUCCUGUGAAAUACCUAGAGUGCCUGGCAACAACAUAGACCCGAGCUCUCAACCACCGGGACAGCAAAUUUCCAUAGGAAACACGCGGUCGUUACCAGAUCUGGUCCAUUUCCCGUCAGAUCAGGAGGACCAUUCGAGCAGUACACCGUUCAGCAACAGUCGUCAAACGAGCAGUCCUACAAACCUGUCGCCGACCAGCUUGCAGCAAGCUGGUGGGCUAUCCUUUCCGCAGGAUCAAAAUCCGACAAGUGCCCAAAACCAUUUAUCAGUGCCUGUUAACUCUAGGUUCCUUCACACGUGCAAGGGUGUGGCGCUGGAAAACAGCACAAGUACUUCGCAACAGGAUCUUCAAAGUUAUUCGCAGCAACCGGUACCCGCACCACCGACGGCGACGACCCACAGUCCGGCUGGCCACUACAUUUAUCAGCAACCGCACAGUCCUGUGCCACCGCAAAGUCCAAAGUCGUCGCAACCCCAAACACAAUCGCAGCAACAGCAACUGAACUCGUUAGGUUCGUACAGGUCCUCGCAGCAGGUGAACAGGCCGUCGCCGCAAUCGUCGCCUGGCCUAACGGUUCAGGGCAGUCCCUUAAGUUACAGCAACAAUCCGUCGGCGCCUCCUAGUCCCACGGGGCAUCCGGGUCCACCGAAUUUGACGUCGGAGAACAUCGAUCAGAAUAGUUAUUUCCUGAAUCAAGCGCAAGCGGCGCUUCAACAGGAUUUCGCGCACUUCACGAUGGGAGUGGAUUGGCCGAAAUUCGCGCAGCAGCUCAUGGAACUUGGUUGCACCUGGAGCACGCAGAUAGAGAUGGACACGCCCGGAUCGACCAACAUGAUUGGAACUUACAUAGGUUCGCCGAACCACACCACCAAUUACGCGCAGAACGACACGAUAAAUGUCGGGGGUGAAUUGGGCAGCGGGGAUGCUGGUUAUUUCAGCACGAGUCCGCAAAUGCCGUUCCAGCCUACGACCACGACCGCGACCACCACUACCACCACUCAACAACUCACACCUCAGACGCCGAACACUCCAACGAUCAUCCUCACCGAUUUCUCCGGCGCGGACGACCUGACGAAUCCAGAGUUCGUGAAAGAUCUGGGUACGGCGAUGAUGGGUGACUUUGAUCCCGAUCUGUUCCCAUCGGACGACGCUUUGAGGCAAGGCCUCGAUCCCAUCGACAUGGAUGGUCUACAAAUGCUCACCGACCCGACGAUGGUCAUAUCUGAUCCCAGCGCAGAAGCCCAUUUUAGGCUAGAUCGACUUUAAGGCGAGACAUUUUACUCAUUUUCGAUUACGCGCUGACUAUAUUACGUAGGAAUACAAAUUUCUUAUCUGUCCUGGUGUCGCGAUUUAUUCUUGGGACACUUUGACAAAUGAGACAAAAAGGUUUUGCUCCUGCGGUCGCCGACGCCUUUCCUACGAGAUGUCGUUUUCUAGUAAAUACCUUUUAUCGAUCGUUCACGAUCGCGAUCGACGUUCUCGUUUCGUCUUAAGAAUGGGAGGAACGAUAUUAAACGCGAGAAAUCGAUCGUCGUUGGAAACGCGUUAGAUCGACCAACGGAUCGAAUCGGUCUCGUUCGUGAUAAACCGUUAAUUGAAGAUUAAGUAAAUACAAAUCUUUAUUAACCCUUUUUUUAUUUUAUACUACUUUGUACAUUGUAUCAUGUAUGAUCUCUAAGAAGCACAAAACGAAAUGUCUACUGAUUUAUACAUGCUUUUGUCAUAUACGAUUCCUAGUGAGAUAACAAUCUACUACUAUUUAGAUGAAAUUAUACGUGUAGAGAAAGAGGGAAAAAGAUAAAAACAUACACACACAUACACAGACGUGGGUCGAUCAUGCUCCGUGUUCAUCGAAACAGGGAAGAAACUAGAGCGUGGGAUACCAGUAAAGACACGUACACGAGAGAAAGAGUGAGAGAGUGAGAGAAAGAGAGAGUGUGAGAGAGAGAGAGAGGGAGAGAGAGAGAGAGAGAGAGAGAGAAAAUGGAGACACGUUUCUUCUUUUUCGAUGGUAUUUUUCCGAAAAGAGAAAAAAAAGAAUGUGUUCAAGCUUUUAUUUUACAUUAUUCUCGCCUUCGUUCGUCGCGCAUCUUUGGCUCGAUCGAGACUCGAAAAAGUCAUUCGACGCUUCCCUUCUACAUGUUCUAUCGGAAAAGUAACAAGAUUGAUUUCUUCAAAGAUUGUACGCACGCGAUCUCCGUUCAGUUUGCAGCGUCGUUCCGCACGAUAGAAUGUUAAAGACAACUAUAUAUAUAUAUAUGUACACACAUACACACACGCAUAUAUAUAUAUUAUAUACAUAUGUAAGAGAAUAAGAUGUGUAAAACCGCGAAGACGAGUGUACGCGGUCGUCAAUUGUUUUUUGAAAGUAACGUAAAAUUCUAUACUUUGUAUACACGUUGAAUAAUUAAGAAUUAAUUAGGCGCGUGCACGUUAGAAUUAAAUUCGACUAAAAUCGAGAAAAAAAGGCACGGAAAUCACGUGGUCACGUCUACCGGGUAGAUCGUGGUGCACGUCUAAGAAGUGUAGACAACGGCAGUUCGACCAAAGUUGGGCACUUAAAUUUUUGAAGUAAAGACUUCGAUAUAUUGGAAAUUAAUAUAAUCUAAAAGAUUGCCGCAGUAUAUUCGAAGGUGCUAAGAAGAAUAACGAAUUACAGAAAUCUUUUAUACCCGUAGAAUUUUAUUGGUACGCAGAGAUUUUAUUGUAUCGAACGAGAAGCGAAAAACUGUUUCAUCGAAGUAAUGUAUAUUAGUUCAAAGUCUGCUAGCUCGGUAUCAUCCGGUUCUAGAAAUGAACGUUUCAAAGAGUCUCGAGUUACUCUCGGUCUAGAGUAACUUCGUUUGCGAUAUUAUAAAAAUAUUUAUGUUAUGAAUUUAAAAAUCAAAGGCAUAAAUCCUGGUGUCCGUGCUGGAUCCGCAGCCACGAAACGGUUAGUCGCUUUUCGUCGAAAAGUUUUUAAUAGAGUUUUAUUGAAUUGACAUUUCACAGAGUUACCUAAACGUUUGUUGAGAAUAUGAAGAAAGUUUAUGCCUCGCCGCGUUUGUUGUUAACGUUCUGACGAGUCUGCUAUACAUAACCGAGUGUACUGCCUAUUGUGCCUGAGCACAAUGUUCAAUCGAUUUUCAAGAGUUAAUUAGAAGCGCGCGAGAUCGACGGCAAUUUUGAAACAUCGAUCAAUCGAGUAGAUACAGUUGUAUUUAUACCCUAACGUUAACGUUGACUUCGAUAACUGUGUCUCGCGCGGAAGGAAAAGAAGGAACUCUGUAAGAAAGUUAACGUGUUAAGAUGGAACUUUCUUCCCUCCGAUUCGUUUGAUCUGCUCGCGAGACGGUGCCAAAACGCGUAGAUAUCGUCGUUCUAGAUUAUAAGAUCAUUCUACCGAUUCGUAAUGAAUGUACGAUAUAAAUGCCGUGGUUCACGCUGGAAAUUUUGAGAAUUCGUAUGAAAUUAUCGUAUCGCGUGGUGCCACCUAACGAAAGUUUCGACUCUGCGGCUGUGAUUCUCAAAACUUUCAGAUUGACUCGUUUACAAACGAUAAGAGUUUCGAUCGAACGCGUGUAUCGUCCCCUUUUCGUAAAUCUGUAGCUUUGUAAUGGUACUUAAAUCGAGCGAUCGCGAUUUCGAUUAUAUCGCGAACUUUAUAAGUUGAUCUUAAUUUCGUUUCUACAAAACAUUUCCUAUCUGGAAGGGAUCAAAGAAUAAUCGAAACGGUUAAAUAGUUAUCGAAUACAAUAUUGCCCCUUCGUAGCAUUGUAUCGUUCUCACUGCUUCCUCGGCAUUCCUCAACUAUAGUAAACUCCAAGAACUUUCGUGGAAACUAAGUAGGGAACAAGUAGCGUUACGUGUUAAAACGAAUACGGCCGCGAGCAACGAUGACUUCCUUCGGUAAAGGAGAUCCUCGUUACUCGUACACUGUACAUUCGCGUGUAUAGAUAGCUUCGAAGAAGUUACACGAGCGAUAGAGGCCAUCUAUGCUCGCAGUUGUACUUAAACGAGAGCACGUAUGGCUUAGACGAGUAGUGGGAGACCUUUUUAACCUAAGGAAGGCAUCUAUGCACGCGACUGUACUUAAAGGAACAACAGUGAAACACGGUAGUGGGACGUGCCUACAUCCUUCACCGAAAAAAAACCAUGCACGCGAGUGCAUCUUGGUCUUGUAAUCGUUGUGAUAAAUAGAGAUGGAUCCAAAAUUUGCGUCGCUCGAAAAAGUAAUAUUGUCCUCUUUCUCUGAUAUGUCUCCGUCUCUCUCGCACACGUACAUACACACACACGCUCUUUCUCGGUCAAGCAAGCGUCUCGUAAACGAUUAACGCGUCGGUUCGUUGUUGUGUUCGACAAGAAAUCAGCCCCCGAUUCAAGAGUAAAUUCGACAAAGUCACGAAAAGAGAGAGGAAACAAAUGGCAAAGGACAUAGAAAAGCAGUUGGUCUCGUAUCGAAUGAGUUUAAAGAACAUACAAUGGAAAGAAGAAAGGAAGGAAGGAAACAUUGUAAUAUUUGUAUAUAGCCAUGUUAUUGUGGUAAAGAAAUUACCUUAUAUUAUUAUAAAUAUUACGCAUAUAUAUACAUAUAUACGUGUACGUAUAUGUAUAUAUAUAUAAUAUAUAUAUAUAUUAAGUCUGUAAUACCGUUACGUUGUUGUACCAUAUUAUUGUGAACACCAUUUCUCAGACAUCGAUUUUUUUAAAUAAAAACAAAGUCUCUAUCGAUAUGCACUAAGUACCAAGCAGAGUGUCCGUCGCAAAUCCACCGUACAUCGCCAAAAUUCGAGUCGAUUCGAUUUUAUCAUUUAACCGUGGCUUUUUCGCCUCGUCUCGCUCUUUACGUUGCCAUUUUUUUUUUUUACUAAUCCAUUGAUCCAUCAUAUAACGAAACAAAAGACACUUUAAUGACUUUCAAGGCGAACAAAUAACGAAACGAUCGGUUCAGAAUCUUUGAUUAUACAAAAGUCAAUUCUUUAACUGGAACUUACAGGUUCGUCGCUUAGUCGCAGUAGAUCGUGUAAUUCGUUAUCGAAUAAGAACGAACGUUUCGGAAAAAGAAAAACGUUCUUAGCGGAAACGAGAAGUGGUGAAUUUUUUUUUAUUUAACGAUCGCUGCCCAAACGUCUCGUUGACCAGCCUUUUCGUCAGACUGAUGUUCACUCUUAUCGUUAGUUUAUCCAAUUAAGGAUCAAUUAGCACGAGCAAUUCGCCCGUUAAGUCAGUGUCCACGAUCAGAGACGCGACGAAGGAGCUUCGUGAAACGCGUGCGUUCGACGUGUCGCGUUAAUGUUCAGGCGUACCAGUCAUUUCUUACCGCAAACAUUUCAACAUACGCGUUUAACACCACAGGGAUACCGACGCGUAGCAAACAACAGUAUAUUCCUUCCUUUAAUUUCACCCUUAGAAAACGUACAUUGAAGUCGGAUAUAUACCGUGGAAAUUCAGAAUAAACAAUCCCUGAAGUCCAAAUUAGGAAACCUUGGAUCAUUUCACAAUUACCAGGUGUUCCUACCAUCCCUGUGGAGGUUAACGCGUAGGCUGCCUUGGACGCGAACGAUGACUUCGUAAAUUUUAUACGAUAGAACGAUUUAAAAAAAAAAAGGAAAAGACAAAAAGGCAAUUUUAAAAAAGGUUACACUGCGAAUCGUGGAUGCGAUACGACGCACGCGUAUAAAAAAAGACUAAAAGAACGUCACCUUCGACAUUUUUCACACGACACCGUGGUCCUCCUGCCCGUCGAUGUGUAAAUAAUUGUUUCAUAUUGUUGUAAAGUAGAACGAUGAUUGAGGAGAGAUGGAUGACGACGAGACAGUAGGAGACGGCGGGUCUCGAUUGCCGAGAAUAAAAAAGAAAGUCUCCACCCGUAAUGUAUGCGCACAAAAAAUAAGAGGGUUUAACGAUCUUAUGUGUCUUCUUCGUGUUUAAUCGUAUCUUUGUUAUUAAAUCUUGAACGUCUA